UGGAUGCCGCGUGCGUUCCAUUCUUUUCCCUCCCGAAAACGCCGCACAUCACAACGACAGACCACCCAAAAAAAAGUUGAUUUUUUUUCUGGGAGGAGGUGGUCGUCGUCGUCGUCGUCUCCGUCUACCUCCUCCCCGCCUCCGAUGCCAUUAACCCCACUCCCACGGCCAGCCUCUCGUCGCGAGCCCCCGUGAUGCCGUCGUGGUGGAAGCGCUCCAAGACCGCCUUCCACCGCUCCGCCACCACCGCCGCCUCCUCCGCCCCGGCCUCCCCCGCGCGGGCGUCCACCUCGCGCUCACAGCCGCGACGCGCGGGGUCCGAAGACGCCGGGGACCUCCUCCUCGCGCGGCCACAGCGCCAGCCGCGGCAGCUCACGCGACAGCGGAAGCUGCGCCACGUCUACGAUAUCGACGCGCUGCUCGCCGACCUCGGCAUCGACGUCGCGUCCUCCUCCUCGCCGCCGCAUGCCAGGGGGCGCGCCUCCGCAUCCGAUGCCGUCGGGCUCGGUCCCCCGAUCUCGAGGUCCUCCAACGCCGCGGACGGGGUGGUAGCUCCGCCUCCGAGGUCCGCGUCGUCCCCCGUGUUGCACCCGCUGCCGUUGCCGUCACCGUCACCGAAGCCCCCCGCAGAGCUGGAGACGACGGACCCGGCGUCGUUGCAAAUACCGAGGGUGACAGGUCAGACUGUGCAGAAGUUCCCUGAACAUAAUGAUUUCUGCCCAAAUGGUACAAAGCGGCCUACCUCUAGUCACCAUCGAAAAGCACUCCGUGACAAGUUCCAGGAUAAGAGUUCAGCUGAAACAGGGAACUUCCGUUUGAACAUUCCAACUAGAAGUGCUCCAACCAGUGGAUUUUCCAGUCCUGUAGGCAGCCCUCGAAGAUUGAGCAAUGCUGACGUCUCGUCUACUGUGGCAUCUUCUCAUGCUCCUCAAGCAUGGUCAGCUCCAUCGAUCCACACUAUUGAUUUUCUGGGAGCUUUAUCUCCUCGGACUUUGCCUGAAAAACUUACAGGGGCUUCAGAGCCAUCUCCUUACUCUAGUACAUUCAGAAGUCCUAUUCUUAUGCCAAGGAAUACCAGUGCCCCUCCAUCGCCACUCCCAAAGUUAUUCCCAGAAAACCAAAUUUCACGUACUGAAGUCAAUGGAAGUGCUAGUUUGCAUCCAUUACCACUUCCUCCCAGUGCUAUAAGCCCAAUGCAAACAUCUUUCAGCAACCAGCCUGCUCCAAAAGUUGAAAUGCCUUCGGUGUCUUGUCAGUGGCAAAAAGGAAAACUUCUAGGUAGUGGUACAUUUGGCUGUGUAUAUGAAGCUACCAAUAGGAACACUGGAGCUCUUUGUGCAAUGAAAGAGGUCAACAUAAUUCCUGAUGAUGCUAAAUCUGCCGAGUCGUUGAAUCAACUGGAGCAGGAAAUAAAGUUCCUAAGUCAAUUUAAACAUGAAAACAUAGUUCAGUAUUAUGGCAGUGACACUAUUGAAGAUCGUUUCUACAUUUACCUGGAAUAUGUACAUCCGGGUUCGAUUAAUAAGUAUGUCAAACAACAUUAUGGAGCAAUAACAGAAUCAGUUAUCCGUAACUUCACCCGACAUAUUCUUAGAGGCCUAGCUUUUCUGCAUGGCCAAAAGAUUAUGCAUAGGGAUAUCAAAGGAGCAAAUUUGCUAGUUGAUAUCAAUGGUGUAGUGAAAUUGGCCGAUUUUGGAAUGGCCAAGCAUUUAAGUACUGCAGCCCCAAAUCUUUCAUUGAAGGGAACACCAUACUGGAUGGCCCCAGAGAUGGUUCAGGCUACACUAGCUAAAGAUGUAGGAUAUGAUCUUGCUGUUGAUAUCUGGAGUCUUGGUUGCACCAUCAUUGAGAUGUUUGAUGGAAAACCUCCUUGGAGUGAUCUUGAAGGGCCUGCUGCAAUGUUUAAGGUUUUGCAUAAAGACCCACCAAUUCCUGAGAAUUUAUCCCUAGAGGGAAAAGAUUUUCUGCAAUGCUGUUUCAAGAGGAAUCCAGCAGAGAGGCCGACCGCAAGUGAGUUGUUGGACCAUCCAUUUAUCCGGAAUUCAAGUCACUACAGUAAACAUGGUUCCAUACAUGCCUUUGCGGGGAUUAAAGUCCAUGAUAACGGAUACGGUUUCAGGGACAAAACAUCCUCCAAGAGUGAACCAUAUGUGAAAGGAAGAAAUACUAUUGGUGAACCAAACAAUUCUAGGCCAUUCAAAUCGUCAGCCUUUCGACUGACGCCACUAACAAUCCAGGAAGUCGCACCUAAUUUCACCCCUCAACCGUUUGGUUUAGCCUCCAAUCCUGGUUCCUUUGCCAUCUCAACGAACCCCAUGCAUUUUCCGAUGGCGAACCCUCAGCCUAGCCCACUGCCAAGGCCCAACGGAAAGGAGGUUCUCUUCUAAGCAUAUAAGGUGCUGCAUGCAAUGGGUAAUGCCACUGAUAUCUGGGAUCUUGUUCAGGUGCGCAGCUCCUUUGCACAAUACCAAUCAAGAACUGAGAGAAGGAAGGAAAUAUAAGAGGGAAAUGAAAUCUCGCGCAGCUUGAAACUUUAUAAGGAUAAGCUGCUCGUGGUAAUAGUGGAAGGAACACCGUAUCCAUGCAGAUGCCUUCCUGCACCAACACUCAUGUGAUGGAAAACAUCAAUAUUCUGCAGACGCCGUCUGAACUUCUAGUAAUUGAGCAGCAGUUGCACUUGCAUGUAUGAUAUCCCACAGUUUAUCGGGUUGUUGUAUAUAUAAUAGCAAAGAUUAGAUGUUUUUGUCAGGCUGUCAAGACUCAAAGUAUGAUGACAACUGAAUGCUCCUGAAUGGGGGGAGAUCCAUGAGAGCAUGGGUCCCCUUUCUUUCGGGGAAAUAUUGCCGGCAUUUAUUGUGUAACAUAGAACUAGGAUUAGCUGUAGAUAAAGCUGAAAGUUCGUCUCUCUCCCUCUCUAGUAGGAAUCAGGUGUAGCUAUAUGUUGCCAUGUAACAAUAUUUUUGUUCUACCAUCGAUUAUUUAUUGAGAGAUUGUACAGAACAGGUUUUAUUUUUUUCC